CGUCCGGCUGCGGCGUUCGCGGGUGAGACGAUGGCGACUGGGACGCCGGAUUCGCAAGCACGAUUUGGUCAGUCAGUGAAGGGGCUUCUCACCGAGAAGGUGAACACCUGCGGGACCGACGUGAUCGCGCUCACCAAGCAGGUGCUGAAAGGCUCGCGGAGCUCGGAGCUGCUGGGUCAGGCUGCUCGAAACAUGGUUCUACAGGAAGAUGCCAUCUUGCACUCAGAAGAUAGUUUAAGGAAAAUGGCAAUAAUAACAACACAUCUUCAGUACCAACAAGAAGCUAUUCAGAAGAAUGUUGAACAGUCACCUGACCUGCAGGACCAGUUGAGUCAUUUACUGAAGUAGCACGCUAGAACAGGAAUUGGCUUCUUUGCCUGAUGCUGAGGAGGACCUCCCUUACAUAGUCAUCACGCUGUGUGCUUGGUUUCCAUUUUCAUCUCCAAAAAUUCAUCUAGAAGAGACUUGUGAAGAGGAGCCAAGUGACUGAACUUGGAAUCACUUCUUUUGGUUUUUUGAGACAGGGUUUCUCUGUGUAACCUGCCUUUUCUGGAACUCACUUUGUAGGCCAGGCUGGUCUGGAACUCAGAGAUUCGUCGGCCUCUGCCUCCCAAGUGCUGGGAUUAAAGGCAUGUGCCACUACCAUCUGGCCUUGGAAUCACUUCUUAAAUUGGAUUAACCCAUACUCUUAUCAGAUAUUUAAGUUGUGUUUAAUUUCAUAUUAAAAUAGAAUUAAUAAAUUCAGUCAUUAGCACUGAAAAUAAAAGAAACUUUAACUU